GAGGCUUCCUUUUUCUUUCCUUUUCUUUCCCCCUUUUUUUCCUUCUAACUUCUUAUUACAUGGACUCCGGAAUCGUCUGUUUCAGUGUAUUACCAAACCAUGGGCAGUCAACAGCAAGAAACCAUGAGCGCUACAAUGUCCAAACCACCCAUCAAUUGACUCACCGCCAGUCCGAAAUUUCAUCGUCAUUUAGAAGAAUUCCAGGGUUAAUUGAGUCAUUAGGUUAUUCCAGUAACUGACCUGUACAUUUUUGAAAAACCUGUAUAUAUAAACCUUCGCUCUUAAAUGGGCAAUCCGAGUCAGUUCGAUGCUCGUAAUUCCGCAUCUCAGAAAAUCACGGAGGGGUCCAAAAUUGGGGAAAUUUAUCGUCACUGUUCGAGAAUUAGGGUUUGGGGUCCAACAAUGGCGAAGGGAAGGUACGCUCGCUUGCACAGCAGGAAAUUGUCGACAUUAACGCUCUUGCUGUCCACGCUUUUCGUGCUCUCUGUAUUUCUGCUAAUGCUAUUGGCUCUCGGAAUCUUCUCGCUUCCCAUCAGCACCGACGAUUCUCCGCCGAACGAUCUCAGUUCCUUUAGGCGCAGGAGCUUUGAGAGACGUGAAGGGCUUGGGGAGAGAGGGAAGCAGUGGACUGAAAUUCUUGCUUGGGAGCCCAGGGCAUUUAUUUACCACAAUUUUUUGUCCAAGGAAGAAUGUGAGAACUUGAUAAGUCUUGCCAAACCUCAUCUGAAAAAGUCAACUGUUGUUGAUAGCACAACUGGUCAGAGCAAAGAUAGCAGGGUCCGUACGAGUUCUGGAAUGUUUCUGAGGAGAGGACGGGAUAAACUUGUCAGGGAUGUAGAGAAAAGGAUAGCAGACUUCACUUUCAUACCUGUAGACCAUGGAGAGGGUCUUCAAAUUCUCCACUAUGAAGUGGGGCAGAAAUACGAACCUCACUUUGAUUACUUCCUCGAUGAGUUCAACACCAAGAAUGGGGGCCAGCGGAUUGCUACUGUUCUUAUGUAUCUGUCAGAUGUUGAAGAAGGAGGUGAGACGGUGUUUCCUGCAGCAAACAAGAACUUUAGCUCUGUGCCAUGGUGGGAUGAGUUAUCUGAAUGUGCUAAAGAAGGUUUAUCGGUGAAACCAAAAAGGGGUGAUGCAUUGCUAUUUUGGAGCAUGAGGCCUGAUGCUUCACUAGAUCCUUCAAGUUUGCACGGUAGUUGCCCUGUGAUUAGAGGGAACAAGUGGUCAGCUACGAAGUGGAUGCAUGUUGAGGAGUACAAGGUUUAAGCCAUUGGUUGUAAAGAGACAGGUGCCUAACACAUUGUGGUGUGUUCCCAAAGCUGCUAUGUAUCCCUUUACAACUCAGCUGCCUUGAUCAAGCCUCUUCAUUCGAUGCACUCCCAUUCUUUCUAACGAGCAUACUUGUUUGCCCGCCCCACAUUUUGAAGAAUAAAGUAGGCUUCCUUUGUUGCAGAAAGUUAAAUAAUUUUAGUUGUAGAUCAUCAGGGAUGGGAAGAUGGGUUGCAAAUGAUGUGUUGAUAGCCAACUGUAAACUUAAAAAAUAAUCACUAAAUUACAUGUGCUUAUAGAUUUUUUAUUUUUUUA